CUUCUGCCUCUCUCUGUCCCUGUUUCGGACAGACGGAGUGGCUGCCUGCUGGAUCCUGCCUCUUCCUCUUUUCCUCUUUUUCCUCUCUGGACGUGGAGAUCAAAGUCUCAGAGACUCGCAGCAUCCUGCAGCAGAUGGAGGACCUCCAAAAACCACCUGCAAGCCCAGAAAACUCUGUGUAGCAGAGGGUGCUGCAGCUUCUGGAGUAGUUUCCUCCAGAGUUUAGUCUUGGAGGAAAAUACAGAAGUGAUUCCUUUUAUUUGUUAAUCCUUUUGUUUGUGAGUUUUUCUCUUUAUCUUAGCCUCGUCUUGUGCGUACAGCUACAGGCUCUCUCCCUCUCUCUCUCCUCCCCCUUUUCUCUUUCACUGGCUCAGCUGUCACUCUGUCUGUCACUCUCAGGAUAUCCCCUUCCCUCUUUCUAGGGUUUCAUAAUGCAUCAGGAGCUCGUUCAGAGGCAGGGCUGGAUUCCAUCCUGCUGCUUUCUCCUCGUUUGAGGAGUUCUUCUUCUUCUUCAGCAUGAAUCAACAGACUGUGGAUAAUACUGAAAGGUCACAGGCCAGUCCCUCACAGAGACUCAGACUCAACUUUCAACAACUAGACACAAAUCACUUUGUUAAUUAUUGAGCUUGUUGAUCUGUUUUUGAGGAGCAGAGUAGUUUUUGUGUUUAUUCUGGAUCAAUCGGAUUUAUAGUCAUGGGUAACGCAGCAGGAAGCAUGGAGGUCCCUCAGGGGAAGGAGGGCAAGGCGACGUCCACCCCUCCAGCCUCCACCGGCUCCCAGAGACAGACAGCUGGGCUGAAGCUCCCCAUGCCACCUGAGGAAGAACUGGAGCAGCGCUUCAGCGCCGUGCUGAACACGAUGAAUCUCCCUCCAGACAAGGUGAAGAUCCUCAGUCAGUACGACAACGAGAAGAAGUGGGACCUCAUCUGUGACCAGGAGCGCUUUCAAGUGAAGAACCCCCCGUCAGCGUAUCUGGAGAAGCUGAAGAGUUAUCUGGAUCACGGAGGGGUCAGUCGAAAGUUCAAGAGACGAGUCCAGGAGUCCACUCAGGUCCUCAGAGAGCUGGAGAUCUCCCUGAGGACCAAUUAUAUCGGCUGGGCUCAGGAGUUCCUGAAUGAAGAGAACCAGGGUUUAGAUGUUCUGGUGGAUUAUCUGUCCUUCGCCCACAGUGCCGUCUCGUACGACGUGGACUAUCUGGACAACGGCACGCUGCCCGCGGACAAAAUCAAAAGUUUGGAGAGGUCGGCCGAAGAUCUGAGCAGGAGUGCCAGCAACUCCCCGACUCACAGCGCCUCCAAGGCCAGCAAGGCCUUCACAGUCAGAUUCAACUCUCUCCAAAACAGGAAAGCUCUGAGGAACUCUCGUCCCGUGAGCCAGACUGACGACGUUCACCUCUGCAUCAUGUGUUUACGUGCCAUCAUGAACUACCAGUCUGGGUUCAACCUGGUGAUGAAACAUCCGUGCUGCGUGAACGAGAUCACGCUCAGCCUGAACAACAGGAACCCACGGACGAAGGCGCUGGUCCUGGAGCUGCUGGCGGCCGUGUGUUUGGUGAGAGGAGGCCAUGACAUCAUCCUCUCCGCCUUCGACAACUUCAAAGAGGUGUGUGCAGAGAAAACCCGCUUUGAGAAGCUCAUGGAGUAUUUCUGCAACGAGGACAACAACAUCGACUUCAUGAGUGUAAUGUUUAAAGCAAAAGAACAGAAGCUGAAGAGCGACAGGCUGCUGGUGGAGAUUCAGGCGUACCUGGACAACGUGUUCGACGUGGGCGCUCUGCUGGAGGACGCAGAGACCAAGAACGCUCUGCUGGAGCACAUGGAGGAGCUGCAAGAGCACAACACACAGCUGACCAGCAGGCUGCAGGAGAGUGAGAGGGAGGCGAUGGAGAAAAGCUGCGACCUGGAGAAGAAGCUGAUUCAGACGACCAAAGAGGUGGAGCUGCUGAAGGAGGGUCUACGUGAAUCGUGCUCUCAGGUGACUCAGCUGCAGCAGAGAGAACGAGAGAAAGAGCUGGAGAGAGAGAGGGAGAGAGAGAAGGAGAGGGACCAGGACCGGUCCGUCCAGGCCCUGAAGGAGCUGGAGGUCAAAGUCCAGGCUCUGGUGGAUCAGGGGCUGGUCCGUAUGGAGCGCUCCACCUCUGGACACCUGGAGAUUCAGGUGGUCCCUGUGAACCAGAGCCAGACACAGAAAGAAGAAACAGACUCAGGUAAAGACCAGCAGACGGCCUCCUCACCCCCUCAGCCCGACCUCACUGAUGCUCCCCUGCAGCCAGAGGCCGUUCAAGCUCCUCCUCCACCUCCUCCUCCGCCUCCACCUCCUCCAGCCUCACCUCGAGCUCCUCCCCCUCCUCCUGCGGCUCCGCCCCCUCUGCUGACUGAGGGGAGUUCAGGUUGUAAAAAGAAGAAGCCGAUUCAGACCAAAUACCGCAUGCCGCUGCUGAACUGGCAGGCGCUGAAAUCCAACCAGGUGGCAGGAACCAUCUUCAACGAGCUGGACGACGAACACGUCUUAGAGGAGCUGAACAUGGUGGCGUUCGAGGAGCAGUUCAAGACCAAAGCUCAGUCCUCUCCUGUAGAGCUGGGGACCCUGAAGAUGAAACGGACCCACAAGUCCCCCAGCAGAGUGUCUCUAAUGGAACCCAACAGAGCCAAGAACCUGGCUAUCACUCUGCGCAAGGAGGGGAUGGCUGCGUCUGACAUCUGCUGCGCGAUAGAGACGUACAACCAGAGAGCUCUGAGUCUGGACUUCCUGGAGCUCCUGGAGCGAUUCAUCCCCACGGAGUACGAGAUGAAGCUCAUCCACAACUACGAGUGUGAGGGCAGGCCCCUGGACGAGCUCAGCGAGGAGGACCGCUUCAUGGUGCGCUUCAGCAAGAUCCCUCGCCUCACGCAGCGAAUCAGCACGCUCACAUUCAUGGGCAACUUCCCCGAGAGCGUGCAGACGAUACAGCCGCAACUCGACGCUCUCAUCGCCGCUUCAAUGUCGAUCAAAUCCUCCAGCAAGCUGAAGAAAAUCCUUGAGAUCAUCUUAGCGUUUGGAAACUACAUGAACAGCAGCAAACGAGGAGCGGUGUACGGUUUCCGUCUGCAGAGUUUAGAUCUGCUUCUGGACACCAAAUCAACAGACCGCAGACAGACGCUGCUUCAUUACAUCGUUAGCAUCAUUCAGGAGAAAUACCCCGAGCUCCGGACCUUCUACACCGAGCUGCACUUCCUGGACAAGGCGGCUCUGGUCUCUCUGGACAGCAUCCUGCAGGACGUGCGCUCUCUGGAGCGAGGUCUGGAGGGGACCAGCAGAGAGUUCUCCGUAGAGAAGGAGAAUCCGGUUCUGCAGACGUUCCUCAGCAGCAAGACGGAGCUGCUCCGCUCGCUCAUAGCUGACGGGAAAACAGCUCAGGACGUGUACGACUCUGCGGUGGAGUACUGUGGAGAGAACUCCAAAACCACUCCUCCCUCUGUGUUCUUCCCCGUGUUCGUCCGCUUCAUCAAAGCGUACAAGCAAGCGGAGCAGGAGAACGAGCAGAGGAGGAAACACAGCAGCGUGAACAUCGAAGCUCCGUCGACGCCACAGAAACAUGACGUCAUGGGGAGCAAGGUGUGUGUGACGUCCAAACCGCCUCCCAUGGAUCUGAUCGCAGAGCUGAAGAAGAGGCAGGUGACUCCUCUGGUGAGGGAGGGGAAGGACGGAGCCAUCGAGGACAUCAUCACAGAUUUAAGAAACCAGCCGUACAGACGGACGGACGGCAGCCGCCACAGCACCAAGUGGAAACCAGGACAGCAGCUGCACGUGUCCUCAGACAUCUCCCUGUGAAGAAAACACAAAACCUCCACAUCACACUCACUGUGGCGCCCGGCUCACCCUCGCGUGCAUGUUACUGCAGACGAGACGAUGCAUGCUCCCGAGAGACGACGUCAAACACUCAGAGAGGAUCGUCCUGAUGAUUGUAGAGAUUUUCUGUGAUUGAAAGAAUCAAAUAUAAGAGAGUUUAUCUUCAUGUGACUGACGCUGGAUGUCACACGAGCUCAUUAAGACACUUGAAGGAAGCCGAGCCUUCGUUCGAGCGGCUCGUCUCAAAGUGACUCUGAGGAAACUUUGACGGACGGAGCGCUCAUGAAUCAUUUUGAUAGUUUUCUUAAAAAAAGCUCCAGACAUGAUUUUUUAAUUGGUUUUAUUUGAAGUAGAAUAUUAAUCAAACUGUCCAUCUUCCUGUCCUCCUGAAGUAGAUCUCAAAUUCAGCUCGGAGAGAUUUGUAAUAUAUUUAAAUUAUUUUUAAUACUGAGCUGUGAGAAAGAGGAACUCUACUGUGCUUCUGCAUUUCAACUAAUAAACCAUUUUAUACCGUCA